GCCACUUCUGCCAUGAAGUUGCUCCCGCUCAAAGCCCCUCUCGUGCGCACGUACGCUACUCGUCUGCCGCAAAAGCCGCCACACCGCGCGCCCGACCCCCUGAUCAACAACGCGCACGCGGCGUACCAGAGUCUACCCGAAGACCUCACCUUCAUCCACCGACCGCCGCCCACCGCGCCCUCACCGCUGUCGUACACCUCCUCCCCCGCGUCUCCGCUGCUCAAAAGCCAUGCAUCGGACACAGGUGUGCCCCUGCCGCCGACGCUGCGCACGCUGCAAGCCGCGCCGGAGCGCCUGACGACCGAGGCCAUUGCGGAGAUGCGGCGGCUGCGCAAAGAGGACCCGGCGACCUGGACGCGGGCGGCGCUGGCGAAGAAGUUCGGCUGCACGUCGCUGUUCAUCAUGAAGAUGGCGCCGCUGGACAAGUCGGAGCGGCGGCGGGUGCUGGACAAGCGGGACGCGGAGCACGAGGACUCUAGGAGCCGGUGGGGCGAGAAGAAGGCGUUCUUCCGGGAGGCGGCGAGGAAGCGGAAGGAGUUCUGGUGAUCCACGGCUGUGCGCGUGGCGAGAGUCGUUGGAGAGUGGAUGUCCGGCGGCAGGCGCAGUGCCUGGCUGAGGCGUGCAUGUGCGCAGACUUCUGACACGGCUCAGAUUUUGGUAGUGCACAGCGACUAGAGGAUACACAGGUUUUGACAUCCUAUCAGAGCAUCUGCGCGUACUGCAUUUACUGCUGUGUAUAUGUUCUUCAAUCUGUCUAGGUGGUUGCUUCA